AUGACGCGUGCACAGUUUUUGGAUAUGAUGGGGCAGUUUACUGGUUAUAGACCUCAGGGUGGCGCUAGGGGCAGUCGCGUUCUUUUGUCAGCCAUCAGAGAUCAUAUGGCGUUUUUGCACCCUGACAUUACCGGCGAGACGGAGGAUCUCCACAUUAAGAGGUACACGCGGUUGGCGCUGCUCCUGCUUUUCGGGUGUGCCUUGUUCACGAACACUUCGGGGAGUACUGUGAGUAUGCGCUUUCUCCAUCAUCUUCAGCGGCUGGAUGAUUUACCCCAGUACAGCUGGGGUGCUGCUGUUCUCGCAUACCUAUAUAGGAGCAUGUGCCGGCGAGCAUGGGCCCAGCGGUGGACAUAUGUGGUUUUCUUCCCCUCUUACAGGUUUGGGCCUGGCAGCGGAUCAUGCCGUUGCAGCCAGCUCUACCACCACUUGCGCCCGUUCAUCUGGACGCCAUACAGCGACGAGUUGCUAGCUCAGCUGCCCGAUAUUUGCUCAGUCGACAGACUGCUUUGGAGCACCUCCGUCCCGAUGAUCUUCUUCGAUAUGGUUGAGUGUCAUGCCACAGAGCGUGUGCUUCGCCAGUUUCACCGUCCCCAGCCUAUACCGGGGGAGCCUGGAUGGGAGGCUACACACUAUCAGCGGGACGACCGUGCCAGGGUGGACGUUAUAUAUAUGGGAUGGCUAGAGCAGCAGGUCCAUACUUGGGAGGAGCGAGGUCACCGUAUUCCGCCACCACCUACAUUUACCCAGGAGGCCACUAUUCAUCUGUAUACGUCAUGGUACCGCCGUCACACCCGACUGAUGAUCGGGAACCCCAUUCAUGUACUUGGCGAUCGCUACAGACCAUACGCCGGGAGGCACGAGGCACUGAUGGCUCAGGAGAUGCAGCAGUAUGCCGACAAUCCUGCACUCGUUGACUAUGGCCGGCGGAUGGCACAGGUGGCUCGUCGGACCCUGCUUCAGGCGAGAGAUGCCGCGAGGUUGGACCACGAGGCUCAGUAUGCGGCGCCAGAGGACUACCAUCGGGGUAGGGGUGUCCCACGAGGCAGGGGUAGGGCACGAGGGAGGGGUGCCCCAUGA